AUGAGAAUGUCAUUUGAAUGGUUCCAAUCAUUAUUACUAGCUAUUGAAGAACAAGAUAUUGAUCAAUUCAUUGAGAUUCAUACUUAUCUUACAGCACGUUUACGACAUUCUGAUAUUGGUAAUAUAUUAGUGAAUGAUGAUGGUAAUAUUAAAGAUACCAUUACUGGACUUCGUGCACCAACGCAUUAUGGUAGACCAAACUGGGAUAGGAUUUUUUCAAAUAUGAGGGAACAACAUCCGUCCACUGAUGUUGGUGUAUUCUUUUGUGGACCAAAACCACUGGGAAAACUAUUAAAUAAUAAAUGUAAUUUAUGGAGUCAAGGAUCUGAAGAGGGCACAAAUUUCGUUUAUGGAAAAGGUAAAAAUACGUUUUGUUUAUUUUUGCAAGUAUUAAUUGCUUAUGGAAAUGCAUUUGCUGUUAUAUUAAACCCUUCCUUUGAAGUUUUAAUGUUUUUGGAUAAAUCCAGUAAAGAUACUAUUAAUUCAAAAAAAUCAACAAUAAUUCCUAUAACCAAUAUAACAAUUCCUGAUCAGAGUUCUUAUACAUAUGCUCGUCAAUUCAUUUCAAUUACCAAUAUUGUAACUGUCACAAAAUUCACAUUUAAAUUCGAUGACCUAACUGAUGUGACUAAAUUAGCUCAACAAUUACUUUGUCACGCGUUAGAUAUGAAAAAAAAUGAUUGGUCAAAAAUCAGGAUGUUUGAAUUUCGAUUGAACUUAGAUGAGAAAGCUCAGCUUAUGAAUAAAAUAGAUUCAUUCCAAUGUAUAAAAUGCCCGGAAUUAAAUGAACAUUAUGGUCUUAUACAUGAAAUAAUGUCAUUAGGAAAGAAACUCGAUGAAUUGCUUCAUACAAUAACUGGUGAAAAUUUGGAAUUAAUGCCAGAGUAUGAACAAAGAAUAGAAGUUCUUAAAUCUUUAAAAUAUAUUGAUGAAAAAACUUCAGUGGUUCAAUUGAGAGGUCAAAUUGCUUGUAAGAUUGUUAAAAAAGCAGACAAUGAAUCUGAAUAUGACCCAGCUGAAAUCGUUGCAUUAUUAUCAUCAAGAAAAAAUGCUAGUGAACUGACUUUAACUCCAAACUUAGAAAAAUUGCGAAGUAUGUUGGAGAGGUUCAAAGAAAAAAAAAAUGUUGAUAUUCAAGUAGAUGAUUAUGUUGAAACAAUUAAGUUUGGAUUAGUUCAAGUAGUAUAUGAAUUGGCAAGAGGAAUGUUAAUGGGAAAUAUAGAAUUAUGUGCUAAAAUGGAUAAAGCUCGAAGUUUGAUAAAACGUGAUAUUGUAUUUGCAACUAGCUUGUUCGAUGACCUAACUGAUGUGACUAAAUUAGCUCAACAAUUACUUUGUCACGCGUUAGAUAUGAAAAAAAAUGAUUGGUCAAAAAUCAGGAUGUUUGAAUUUCGAUUGAACUUAGAUGAGAAAGCUCAGCUUAUGAAUAAAAUAGAUUCAUUCCAAUGUAUAAAAUGCCCGGAAUUAAAUGAACAUUAUGGUCUUAUACAUGAAAUAAUGUCAUUAGGAAAGAAACUCGAUGAAUUGCUUCAUACAAUAACUGGUGAAAAUUUGGAAUUAAUGCCAGAGUAUGAACAAAGAAUAGAAGUUCUUAAAUCUUUAAAAUAUAUUGAUGAAAAAACUUCAGUGGUUCAAUUGAGAGGUCAAAUUGCUUGUAAGAUUGUUAAAAAAGCAGACAAUGAAUCUGAAUAUGACCCAGCUGAAAUCGUUGCAUUAUUAUCAUCAAGAAAAAAUGCUAGUGAACUGACUUUAACUCCAAACUUAGAAAAAUUGCGAAGUAUGUUGGAGAGGUUCAAAGAAAAAAAAAAUGUUGAUAUUCAAGUAGAUGAUUAUGUUGAAACAAUUAAGUUUGGAUUAGUUCAAGUAGUAUAUGAAUUGGCAAGAGGAAUGUUAAUGGGAAAUAUAGAAUUAUGUGCUAAAAUGGAUAAAGCUCGAAGUUUGAUAAAACGUGAUAUUGUAUUUGCAACUAGCUUGUUUUUCAUAAGAUGGAAAAAUAAUUCAAGCACAAUAAUAGAAUUUAAUUCUCUUUUAGCAGAACUUUACCCAUCAGGAUAUACUUUCAAAGAACAUGAACUUAGAGCAUGGAGAGCAAUGCUUAAAGCAGCUGGUUGCCAUAAUGUAACUCCAUUUGAAGAUGAUGAAUCUAAGAAUGAAUUGAUAACUCAACUUGAAAAAACACAACAUCAUUUGAAUCAAGAAUAUGGAAAUGAAUUGAUUAUAGAUGACCUUGGUAAUGUGCAGCAUGAUAAUUGUAUUGAACAUUGUUUAAACUUUGCAUUGGUGAUUGCAAUGAACAUCAUCCUAUUAGUUGUGAAAAUUGUAGUCAAAUAG